AUGCGUUUCCUUCUACUCCUCUCCGCUCUGGUGCUCUCCACGGCUGCGGGGACUGUGGAAUCGCUUGCUAAUCAAUGUUGCGCUACGCUCAGCAAUAUCAUCCCUAAUAACGUGUUCUUCCCGAACGACACAGCUUACAUGCAGGAGGAGAUCACGUACUACUCCGCACAACAGACAUCGCAGAAGCCAGCAUGCCGCGUGUCCCCAACGACGGCAAGCGAAGUGUCGCAAAUUAUCGACCAGGCUACGCGCCUGGGUUGUCAUUUUGCAGUGCGCUCAGGCGGGCACAUGAACUGGAAAGGAUCGUCCAAUAUUGGACCGUCUGGUUUCACCAUCGACCUGGAGCAGUUGAAUUCGGUCUCCCUCUCCUCGGAUCAGAAGACGGCGACACUACAGCCUGGCGCUCCAUGGUCACAAGUGUACGAUACACUGAGCCCGCUCAACUUAACUGUGGUCGGAGGUCGUGCGUCGACCGUCGGCGUCGGCGGAUUCCUCAUGGGAGAAAUUGUUCUGUCGAAUGGCACCAUCGUUACUGCUUCUGCGAGUGAAAACGCCGAUCUUCAUUGGGCACUCGGCCUAGGAUCUACUAAUUACGGCGUCGUCACGAGCUAUACACUGGAAACCUUCCCUCUCGGUGAUAUGUGGGGUGGAACGAUUUCCCUGGACAUCUCGCAAGCACCGGCGAUAUUGAACUAUUUGGCCAAUUUCACAUUAAAGCUUGCUGAUGACCCAAGAGGACUCUCUGCGGUCACCCUAGCCUGGAACGAGACUUCGAGGGACUAUGACCUAUUUGUCUCCACUGCGUAUCUCCUACCCGUCAGCUUCCCACCUCUGUUCUCUGGUUUGGAGCCGUUCGUCCCGGACGCGACGUCUGAUACCCUCACGAUAACGAACAUCACCGCCAUCACCGCCGAUUUCGCCGCGGGUGACCCGUCGGGCUUCCGCACGGCUUGGUGGACGCUCACCUUCGAGCUUGACCCCCAGACCGUCCUCGAAGUGUUCCAGUACGGCCAGGAGCUCUUCUCGGACCUCGUUGCUGUGAACGGUACGCAAUGGAGCCUGAAUAUCCAGCCAAUCAACCAGGAUUUCAUCAAGGCGACUGAGGCGGCCAACAAUCCUGCAGGACUAGAAGGCGAUAAUCUAUUCCUCAUCCUCGAACAUGUCAUCUGGACUGAUGCAUCACUGGACGAUGUCAUUGAAGCAAGAUCGCGGGAGUUCUUGGCGUGGGCUGAAUUUAUCGCUAGUGAGCGUGGAGUGUUGAACCGUUUCUUAUAUCUCAACUACGCGGAUGGCAGCCAGCCUAUCUACAAGCAGAUUGGGAGCUCCAACCUGGCGAGUCUACAGGAAGUCAAGCGACAGUACGACCCCGACAACUUACUAGGGCGAUUGUGGAAGGGAGGAUUCAAAUUGCCGUAAUAUCGUGCGGGAAGUUGAGUCAUAGUUUCAGCUGAUGUUCAUUCACAGUUAGAUCUUGCGUAAGACAAGCAUAGAUUCGUACUGU